AUGGCGGACAAGAAGCUGCCGCAGCCCCCACCGACCGCCCCUCCUCCCAUCCUGCUCAUUCCCAAGGCCAUCGCCCACCCCCCGCUCCUCUGCCUCCCCGAGGUCCCCCCUCGGCCGACCAUCUUCAGCAACGAGCCCCCUUCGCGCCCGCUCAUCUUCUGCCCCCAGCCCUCGCCCCACCACCCCGCCCUCACCAGCUGCGUGCCCCCGGCGCAGCCCACCUUCUUUCUCCGGGCCACGCUCCCCGCGCAGCCCCGGGCCAGCCCCGGUGCCCCGGGGCCCCAGACCUGGCCCUCCGUAGUCCUGUCCGAAAGCCUGCCCCAGCCCCCACCAGCCAGAGCCCCCUCCUCCCCCCGCCCUCGCAGACUCGGGGGCCUCUCCGAGCCAGCGCGCUGUCAUCACAUCUGGGAGCCCCUCGGAGCCCCUUCCUUGUGCACAGGCCAUCACCCCCUCUGGGGGCCCCUCGAAGGCCCCUCGGAGUCCACAGGCUGUCACCCCCUCUGGGGGGCCCCUCAAAGUCCCCUCCAAGCCUACGCACCAUCAUCACUUCUGGGGGCCCCUCGGAGUCCUGUCAGAGUCCACGGGCUGUCACCCCCUCUGGGGGCCCCUCGCAGUCUCCUCCGAGCCUACUGGCAGUCAUCACCUCUGGGGGGCCCCUCCCCUCAGAGUCCACCGGCCAUCACCCUCUCUGGGGGUCCCUCGCAAUCUCCUCCAAGCCUACACUCAGUCAUCUCUGGGGGCCACCGGGAGCCCCCUCCUUGCCCACAGGCCAUCAGCAUUUCUGGGGGCCGCUCGGAACCCCCUCCUCACCUACAGGCUAUCAGAAUUUCUUGGUGCUGCCCGGAACCCCCUCCUCGCCCACCUGCCAUUGGCAGCUUAAGGGGUAGCUCCGAGCCCCCUUCUCCUGACAAAACACCAACUUUGAAGUCUCUCCUCAAGCCCCCCAGCCAACAGUCAAAGGCCAUAGCUGCCAUGGCAGCUCAGCCCUACUGGAUCACUAUUCUGACCCCUCCUUGUACCCUUGUCCCCAAGUCUGAGGCUGUUACUUACCCCACCAUCAUCAAGGCUAAAUCCCUUCCUCCUGCUCCUUACGUCAUCAAGUCUAAGACCCAACCUCACCCCCCUUUCCUCAAGGCUGAUCCUCAUCCUCCCACCCCCUCCACCACCGGUUCAGAGCUCCUUCCUCAGCCCCCCAUACUCAGCAAUGAGCCUUCAAUUUCCAUCCCCCCCAUCAUCAGGUUUGAGACCCCCAUCCUCAAGCCUAGCUCUCCUCCUGGCCUCUCCAUCAUCAAAUCUAAGCCUCCUCCUCCUGACUCCAUCAUCACCAGGGUUGAGCCUCCUCCUGAUUUCUCCAUCAUCAGCUCUGAGCCCCCUCAUGACCUGUCCAUCAUCAGCUCUGAGCCUCUUCCUGACUCCUCCAUCAGCUCUGAGCCCCUUCCUGACUCAUCCAUCAUUAGCUCUGAGCCCCCUCCCGACUCCUCCAUCAUCAGCUCUGAGCCCCCUCAUGACCUGUCCAUCAUUAGCUCUGAGCCUCCUCCUGACUUCUCCAUCAUUAGCUCUGAGCCCUCUCCUGACUCCUCCAUCAUCAGCUCUGAGCCUCUUCCUGACUCCUCCAUCAGCUCUGAGCCCCCUCCUGACUCCUCCAUCUUCAGCUCUGAGCCCCCUCCUGACCCAUCCAUCAUCAACUCUGAGCCCCCUCCUGACCCCUCCAUCAUCAGCUCUGAGCCCACUCCUGACUCCUCCAUCAUCAGCUCUGAGCCUCUUCCUGACUCCUCCAUCUUCAGUUCUGAGCCCCCUCCUGACCCAUCCAUCAUCAGCUCUGAGCCUCCUCCUGACUCCUCCAUCAUCAGCUCUGAGCCCCCUCCUGACCCAUCCAUCAUCAGCUCUGAGCCCACUCCUGACCCAUCCAUCAUCAGCUCUGAGCCCCCUCCUGACUCCUCCAUCAUCAGCUCUGAGCCUCUUCCUGACUCCUCCAUCAGCUCUGAGCCCCCUCAUGACCUGUCCAUCAUUAGCUCUGAGCCUCCUCCUGACUUCUCCAUCAUUAGCUCUGAGCCCUCUCCUGACCCCUCCAUCAUCAGCUCUGAGCCCCCUCCUGACUCCUCCAUCAUCAGCUCUGAGCCUCCUCCUGACUUCUCCAUCAUCAGCUCUGAGCCUCUUCCUGACUCCUCCAUCAUCUCUGAGCCCCUCCUGACCUUCCAUCAUAGCUCUGAGCCCCUCCUGACUCCUCCAUCAUCAGCUCUGAGCCCCCUCCUGACUCCUCCAUCAUCAGCUCUGAGCCUCUUCCUGACUCCUCCAUCAUCUCUGAGCCCCGUCCUGACUCCUCCAUCAUCAGCUCUGAGCCUCCUCCUGACUCCUCCAUCAUCAGCUCUGAGCCCCGUCCUGACUCCUCCAUCAUCAGCUCUGAGCCUCCUCCUGACUUCUCCAUCAUCAGCUCUGAGCCCCGUCCUGACUCCUCCAUCAUCAGCUCUGAGCCUCUUCCUGACUCCUCCAUCAUCUCUGAGCCCUGUCCUGACUCCUCCAUCAUCAGCUCUGACUCUGAGCCCUCCUGACUCCUCCAUCAUCAGCUCUGAGCCCCUCCUAACCCAUCCAUCAUCAGCUCUGAGCCCCCUCCUGACUCCUCCAUCAAGCUCUGAGCCCCCUCCUAACCCAUCCAUCAUCAGCUCUGAGCCCCCUCCUGACCCAUCCAUCAUCAACUCUGAGCCCCCUCCUGACUCCUCCAUCAUCAGCUCUGAGCCUCUUCCUGACUCCUCCAUCAGCUCUGAGCCUCUUCCUGACUCCUCCAUCUUCAGUUCUGAGCCCCCUCCUGACCCAUCCAUCAUCAACUCUGAGCCCCCUCCUGACCCAUCCAUCAUCAGCUCUGAGCCUCCUCCUGACCCAUCCAUCAUCAGCUCUGAGCCCCCUCCUGACUCCUCCAUCAUCAGCUCUGAGCCCUCUCCUAAUCCAUCCAUCAUCAACUCUGAGCCCCCUCCUGACUCCUCCAUCAUCAACUCUGAGCCCCCUCCUGACUCCUCCAUCACCAGUGCUGAGCUUCCUCUUGAUCCCUCCACUAGCGGCUCUACGCCUCUUUAACACCAUUAGUUUUGAACUCCUUCCUUAUCCCUCUCCCUCCCUUCCAUCAUCUCUGAACCCCCUCUUUACCCCUCCAUCAGCAGCUCUCAACCCCCUCCUCACUCCCCAUUGUUGCUCUCAGCCCCCCUCUCACCCACUAACAUCAGCGUCUCUGAACCUCCUCCUUAGCCCCCGACCAUCUGUAUUAUUAGCUUUGAACUCCUUUCUUAUCCUCCUUCCUCCUUCCUAUUACCUCUGACUCCCUCUUCCUCCCACCCCACUAUCAGCUCUGGGUCCCUUUUUCUCCUUCUCUCCGCCAUUAGCUCUGAGCCCUCUAUUCCUCCCCAACCAUCGCUGAGCCCCCUUCUCACUCCUCUAUGAUCAGCUCUCUGCCUCUUUCCCAUUCCCCAUCAUCAGAUCUCAGCUCUUUCCUUGCCAUUAACUUUGAGCCCCCUCUUUAUCCCCUUUUUUCUCCUGUGCUGAGCUUUGAGCCUGUGGACCCUAGUGUUCUCCUGUUCUGGGCUCUGUCCUCUCUCUUUCCCCCUCUCCAGCUCUGAGUCCCUCCCGUACCUCUGACCAUCAAUUUAUCUGCUCUUCGUUCCCUUCAGCUUUGAGCCAGUCCUCAGGACCUCAGACUUGUUUUCAUCCUUCUUUCAACUCCAAGUUCGGGUUUUCCAGCCUUCUUACAUACAAACUGCCCCUACUCUAGCUCUGAGCUUCACGUCCCCACUUGCUCAGAUUAGCCUUUCCAGCCCCAGUUCCCACACCCUAAUUCUUCCCUUUCAACUGUACCCCAUUCUCCAAGUCUCUUGCUGCUA